UCCACCUGAGCUACAAAUCUUCUUCACGGGCAUAAGUAACAUAAUAAUCGGAAAUGUAUCUAGACAUUGACGACCUACCUAUUCAUGCCAUCUAGAUAUUUUAACAAGUUGUCUGUUUUUGUUUUAACACAUCAUUAUGUCUACCAAUCGCAUAACCUAUUCAGGCGUGUUUAUGAAAUGUUUACGACAUUUCGCUUUAUAAGUUACAAAAAAAUGCAAUUAGAGACACUGUUUUCAACCAUAAGUGUCAUGUUUUAAGUUCACCAACCUCUGACAUUCACUAGUCACUUCUUGUAGCGUUAUAUUUGAACACUGUUCAAUUUUACUCGGAAUUCUAGCCCUGAUGUUGGCAUCUUCAGGUGACUGCAAGCUGCAUACAAAAAAGACACUUGAACUGGUCUUCUGUCAUUGAUGAUAAUCUGAAAGGCUCACACUCGCGAUUUACUGUGCCAGCGUGUUGCACCCAGUCAUUGUCUUCAGCUUUCGCCAAAUUAAGACAUUGGUAACAAAUACUGAACAAAGAUAACUGUUCACCAAAGAUUUGCGACAAAGUUACAACUGUUGUAUCAAAUGAAAGGUCUCUGGAAUUCUUAGGGUGAAGUAGCAGUACUCUGACCUUUGCGAUAUCAUCAAGUUUUUCUAGGUCGACCUUGGAUACAUCUUUGUAUUUCUUGAACCACGAUUCAAAUUAACGCCAGCCAAACCAUCAAAAUGAAACUCGUGGAUAGAAUUAACGAUAUGGUCGACAUGGGCUUUGAACGAACCAUCUGUAAACCCCUUUUGAUUUAGGUUCAUUUGCUGAGUUAGGGCUUCUAGAAUACGAACUUAGAACUGUUCGAAACGUUUUUCUUGGCGCUCUAGCAUGGCUUCGAAUUAGUCAAAGGUAAGUGACAUCUUGAUAAGUUAACCCCGUCGCUAGUUGUCAUAUCUAAAACUUAGUUUCUUAUUAUACCACGUACAAAAUGGGCACUCGAACUCUAGAACCCCGCAGGUUGCAAAUGAGAAGACAGAAGAUAAGUGAAAGGAAUGCUAUUCCAAUCAGUGUCAAUCAUGGUACAAAACUCAGGUAUUUAUAGUUUCUGGUAAUAACGAAAUCGUCACUAUAGUCCUCCAAUCCGUAUACAGGGGGUUUUUAGCAUUUGUUCAAUAGGGAAGCUACACGUUGAGAUUCUGGAAUGUCCCUCCAAAAGAUGAUUGGUUGGAAUAUCUUCAGCUCUUUCUGAGCUCAUUGGAGCUUCCUAGAAUUCACCCAUGGGCUAACCUCACACUGGCGAUAUGAAUUAAAAAGAAUAGACAUUAUUUAGAUGUCGAUUCUUGAACUCCUAACAUCUAACUUAACUGAUUUUUAAAAAAAUUAAGUAGCUCUUUUUUCUAAUCAGAACUGAUAUGCAUGUUUUCUUAACAUUAUCUUCUUGAUAAACUUGCUAGAAUAUAGAAGAUAUUUUAAAGGGAAUGACUACUAGAUUGCUUAAACCUUUGUUCAGUCGAAGUCACUGCUUCAAAGUAAAAUCCACCUCACCAUUUCAAUGCUUAGUUUACUCCUAACACUUAAAAUGUGUUGUGUUCAAAUAAAUUAUGAUUGUAAAAAUGCUGGACGUGUUCUUAGGUUGGAUCACUUUGUUAUUGGUUAGUCUUCCAUUUAGUAAGUUUUGAUGAACUCUUAUGUAUGCAAAUCUUUAAAUUCACAUAUCGCACUAGCGCAAUAUAAUCUCUAAUCGGCUCAGUUGUCUAUGUGCAGAUCACUUUCAUUACUAAACAUCAAUUUUCAGUGUAUUCCCAUGUUACUCAUUUCAAAGUUUCCAGAUCCACAUCAGACUACAACUACUGAUUGAAUGUGAUGUCAUCUUGAUUGAUGUUUCAUUAAAUAUUAUUUCACUUAAUGUGAUAUAUCGAAACUUCUUCACUGACUACAAUUUGAACACAUUUACACACCAAAUGAUUUAUAUAUUAAUGCUUUAAAAAUUCGUAUUCAAUAUUUUAACAUGAUUAGACAGUUGUUUAGUAAACGGUUAUUUUGUAACACUAUUCAUAUUCGAUAAUUUUGAUCGUCUCCCUCAAGAUCGCCGUGCUAAAUCUCGGUUUCAGUUUUCUAAGUAUUCAGCGCGAAACUACUGUAAAACCAUUCAUUCUAAUUUGGAUAGAUGUUCUUAUUUAUCUUUGAUCAUCUACUGAGUUGUUCCGAAACCAGUUUGUUUCACAUGUUUAGAGAGCGGCAAUUUGUGUAAUUCGUAUUGUAGUCACUCCGGUUGGUGUAGGUUAAAAGUCCCAUGUGAAAGAACCAUUAUCCACGUGAUAUGGAUUGUUUAGAGAUCCAGUGUAAUAUUUCUCUCUCGGAGAACUCGGAUAUAAUAACAACCACUUUUGUUAACAUGUCUGGAGCAUUAUUGGUUAUAAAUAAUGACAGGAUGUCGUUUCUAUAAUACUUAGUUAUUUUCUUUUCAGAAUAUUACUAUCGCAUGUAUUAUUUCAGUACUGCCCAUUUGUGUAUUCUAUAUCCCGUUGUCUGAAGCAAUGAUUUAACGGUUAGAGCUUCCAAUGACUUUCAAACGACAUGACUGCUUAUCUGAAGUCCCACUCUACGUUAUUCAAUCAGCUUUCGCAGUUAGUGUUACUAACCUUCAUACAAAAAGUAUACCUCGAACCCAAAUGAAUAAACCUGUAACUGAUAAACCAUUUACACUAUUUGAUAUCUAGAUAUUUAGGUUUUAAUUUUCUUAAGCUCAUAUGGGUUGCUUAAAUGGCAACUCUUCUCAGAGUUACCUUUAACCGGGGUUACUCAGAACUUAGCAUGUAAAUGUGUCGUAAAUAAACUGAUAUCAUGUUAUGGAUUAUUAAUAUUGGUAAUACUAAUUCUAACCUUGUUUUACAUAGAUAUUUAUUAAGUUAGCUAUUAUCUAAUUCGAAUCCCUUUCUAUUUAAAUUAGUUUCUUAAUUAACAUCCGGAUGGAUUUAUAAAGUUGUCCAAAAACAUGCAAUCAUUCUGAAAGUAUGUGAUCUCAGAAGCCGACAUGCUUAUUGUCGUUAUUUUACAAUUUAUUAAUGUUAAAUCAGUUAGUCGUUCAUUUUUUAACAAAUUUAAAUCCGAAAUGAAACAAUUCCAAUUUAAAACUAUUUUUUCACCAUUGGGAUACUUUGAUAACUAUGUACAUCAUAGUAAACGAUAAGUGCAUAAAAAUCUCACUAAAUUCGAUGAAUAAUACUUGACUGUUGAAUUUCAUGGUUUGCAUUGGGAACCAGUUUUAGUUUGACAACCGUUGAAAGGUAGGAGGAACUCAACAGCUGUUUCGUUCUAGCAUGUGACUCUCAUCAGUGCAUAUUUAUAACCCCCAGGAAUCGGACUCUGAACAUUCCGAUAUCCCUGUGAGCUCUUCGAUUUUAUUUCACAAAGUUGACUUCGGACAAUUUACAUUUCUAAUUCUAGUUAAUAUUCAAUAUUGGUGUGGUCGUGGAUUUUCACUGCCAGUAAAUCCCAUACUAGGAUGAAGGUCUUUGUCCAUUAUUUCCUGGUUUUGAAUAAUACACUCACCAAAGUCAGUCUGUGGUGUAAAACGUCAAAUUUUUAGUUGAACCUUAAGCUAAUACGUCAUCUUAUGGAUGAUGGAAGCUCAUGCAGUUAAAUAGAAACCUAUGAGUCACUAAACAUUCAAGUACUUUACAUUUAUAUCAAAGUUGUUAUUUUAAGGUUGGCAUUCACAUUAACGCUUUAAAAUAAAUGUUUAUCGAGGAUCCUACUCGUCACUUUUCCUACGAAGACAUCAUUACAAUGGGAAAUAUGUAUACACAGCUAUAUCUAUUACAUAGUGUCGUUAUUGUGGUUAUAUAGCUGUUUUCUGGGGGAGAUAUUAAAAGUCCUUUUUAAACUCUGUGGUGAAAUAAGUAACAUGUCCAAGCAAAGUCAAAACAUCCAUCAUAUUACCCAAUACCAACGGUAUCAUAAGCUCACUGUAUAGUAAAUAUGACUUGAAGUAUAUGCUACAUAGAGGAAUCUGUGAUUACAAUAUACUGAAUUUAUGAUGCUUCACCUCUAAUAUAUAUUUGUAAAACCAACUACUUAACCCAGACUUUUACACCUCUCAUCACACUUAUUGUUAAAUAUUCAAUAAUAUAAAAUUGUCCUGUAAGAAUUUAUUUGUAAUUUAUACUUAUUCAGUCAGUAAAUAGUAAUUUUUAUUUUUACUAUUAUUACGUAGCAAAUUUGAUUAAGCCGCUGUCAGUCUUGUAAACUGACGUGUAAUCUAAAGUAACUUUCAGGAUAUUAUAUAUUUAUAUACCUUUAUUUUUCAUUUGUAAUUUGUUUGGAUUAGACAAUGGUUAUUCAAAUGUUAAUACUGUGUAUAGUUUCAAUUCUGUCAUUUGCCUACGCUGAUAUUACUACUACUACUACUGCUAAUACUACUACCAUUACAUUGAAUAAUUCGGUUAAUACUGUACAACCUUAUUUUAGUUGUAAUAUGACUCAACGCGGUUUUCAUCUUCGAUUGCAUUGUGAUUUCCAUGAUUUUUCAAUUAGUUUACUGGAGCAUUGUCAACUUCAUGUACAUUUACCAUCAGGUUUUUUCAUUGAUCCAUAUGAAUUAACUUCCAGUCAACCGAACUUAAAAUUUUCAAUUAGUCAGUCAGAAAUACAACCAAAAUUACAUGAUACCAUUAAACAAUUUGUAAAUUGGUUUACAUAUUCUAAGUUGGAGAAGAAAAAUACCGAUCAUUCCGAUGAAAGUAAACAAUUAAUUAUUCAGAAUAAUUUGGUUGAUAUUGAAGCUCCAGAAUGGCUUGCUAAACCAUUAACAUUCAAAUUUAAUAUUAAUCAACUGGGGAUAAAUCAAUCAAUUAGUUAUUUAGAUUUACCUAUUCAUCUACGAUAUCAUCUCCCAUCAACAAAAACUGAUAACACUAAUGAUGAUUCUAUAUAUAUUACUGAAAUUAAACAUCCUAUACUAAGUUGUCCAAAAGGCAAUAAUGUCAGAAAUAUAAACAGUCAACAGUUUUUCUCUAUCAUUGUUCCUAUACCUUUGUUAUCUUACCUUGUAUUUGUGAUGCCUAUUACAAUUUUACUGCUAAUUAUGGGUAUGAUAUAUCUCUUGAUGGCCUAAUCUGAUUCUCAUAUAUAUAUUCCUCAUUUUUAUCGCUGACUUCAUACAUAAUUAUUUUUUGUAUAUUGACAUAUCUUAAAAGAAACCGUUGCGUAAACAGCUUAUUUUAAUGAUAAAAAAGUUAUUUCCUUUCUUUUAUCCUAUUUCUCACAUAUGUUUAGAGUUAAUCUAUAUUGUUAUUUGGUUCAAAUUAAUAUAAAAUGUAUUUAAAACAAUCAGUCUCUUUGAUAGAUGUAGAUAAUUCUAUGGUAAGAUGAAGGUUAUCAGAUGUGAUACUUUUAUGCAAUGAAUUCUGAACAAUCUGUUCAUACAUUAUUGUUAGUUAUGUUCAUAAUUAUUCAAUCAAAUCGUUGUUUAAGCGCCCACCACGUCGAUUUGAUCUGAUAUAUUUGUAAAUCAUCCCUGUUGCAUGUAACUUGCCGAUUGAAGGGGAUUAUUUUCCUAUUAUAUUAGUGUGACUCGUCAUUUCUAUUCAUUUCGAUAAAACAGGUGAUACUGGUCGGUAUGUUUGUGCGUUCCAAAUAAUGACUAUAAUUACUUUAAUUAUUGUACUAAUCAAAUUGUUAUUUC